AUGACUGAUCAGGAGGAUAACAAAUCUGGAUUUAUAAAAAGAGAAAUGCUUAAAAAAAUGCAAAUUACACUCAACAACUACUAAACAUACAUAAUGGAGGCAUUAAAAUAAGCCUACAGUACAAAGUUUAUGGAAUGUUCUUAAAAGGGUAAAAGCUAGGUAGAGAGUACAAAAUGCCAAGAUAUAUUAAAUUAACGUUUAGAACAAUCAUUUAAAUUUAUAUCAUAAGGAGAUUAGCCUGUAAUGAGGGAAUUUAAGGAAUGUGUGAAGCAAUCAAAGAAGGAAGAGGAAAUGAAUAUAUGCUUUAAUCAAAUGAUGUAAGCUAAAGACGAUAAUUUAGAAAAAGCUAGGAAUUUACUACUAUCAUGA